GUGAAGUGAAACAUGGCAUCUGACCAGGAGACUUCGGCAAAAACCAAUGUGAUUUGUGACAAGCUUGGGGAAAUAGAAUUAGAAUGCUUUGAAAUACGAAAGAGUACCUCAGGUAAUUUUUACUGUCCCCUUAGAAUAUUAUGAUUUAAGUGGGAAAGUGGGGUAUUUCGCCUUGUGGAAUCCGGAAAUUUGGAAUCCUGAAAUUAUAAGGCUCGGGGAAUCCGGAAUCCCAGUAGUAAUGUAACAAUUACAAUCGGGAAUCUAAGUUCCAAUGCCAAAGAAUGCCAAAUCCAGAGCCCGAAAUCGGGAAACCAUGGCAUGGAAAUUAAGCUUGUCUAGGAUUCCCAGUUACAUUUGGCGAGAGAUUCUUAUGGGUUUGUCAUGCAAAAAAUGUCCCUCAUGAACCAGAAAAGAUUAAAGUGAUGACGCUUGCCCUCUGUCAGCCCCAUUCUCCUCCACAAAAUAUCAGGAAUGAUCUAUUUAUCCUUUCCCACUCUACUAAGUGAAUUUUUUUUUUUUCAUACCCCCGGGGGGGGCACUUGGGUAUUUUUUGGGUGGGUAUGUGCCGCCCGGGACUCCAAAUUGGUACCCCGUAGUAGAAAAAAUUUCCCCUAAAAUUGAUACCCCGUCCUAGAAAUGGGUCAAUUUUUUAUACCCCGUUCUAGAAUUCGCCCUAAAACUGAUACCCCGUUCUAGAAAUGGGCCAAUUUUUUAUACUCCGUUUUAGGGUGCAACAAGAGUACAACGGUUUGCUUGUUAACGCAUUGAACCGUUUUUUUUAAAAGCAAUCUGUCCUUGAAUACUUUCAGUGGCUGCUUCCAAAAGCGGAGCUUUCGUGCGUUCGAAAUAUUAUACCCCGUUCUAGAAAACGCCUCUGAAAUGGAUACCCCGUUCUAAAUCAGGAGCUUCAAAAUCACGACCCCUUUGGGCGGCACAUACCCGUAUAGGUAAUGUAUGGGAGUACCCCCCCCGGGUUCAUACCCCUCUUCCGUAGGGUUGAUGGAUGGGGGCAGGGGGUGGGGGUAGGGGGGGUGAUAUUGAAUGUGAGUAGUUAGUUAAUCAUACUCUGACUUUUAUUGCCUUUAACCUGAUAAAAGGAAUGUAACCAAGAAUUUGUUGUUGUUGAUGUUUUUUCAUUUUCAGAUUUAAAGGAACUUGAAUUAUUGGAUAAAGUACAGGACAAGUAUAGAUCUUGUGGUCAUUUGCUUGAAAAAUGGUAAGAUCAGCCCUAGGUGCUGGAAACAGACAACAGACCUACUUUGCCUAUACCAAGAUGUAAAUGUAGUAGUAAAAAGCCUAGUAAUCUUCCACAUUGAUAAUAAUCACAGGAGUCACAUAUUUUAUUGAUCGUCAAAACAGGAAAGAUGCAGCAGAGAAAGAGGAGGUGCUCUGCAUGAUUCUACAGCAGUAUUCACAGGUACGGUAAAGACAAAAUAUAGUGAAGUAGACCUGUACUUGACCUUAUAUGUUUUUGCUGAUAUAAGAAAGAAGCUAAACUGACUUUGAAUGUUUCAGGCAGUUCUUGAUUUAACAUAUGUCAUAGAAUGUCGACUGGUUAAUGACGACUUUCCACAAGACAGAAGUAAAGAAGAAAUUGGACAUGUUGUAGGUAACUAGAGACUGAACUAGAUAUAAAAUCUGUCAAAAUAGAGAAAUCAUUUGAUUAUCGGUUAAACAAGUGGAAGUUUAAUUAUUUAGUGCAUCCUCUUAUACCUCUGUUAUUUCUAUUAUGUACAGCAAAAACCACUGUUCCUCAAGUUUAACUCAAUAGACAAUUUUAGGUUUAUAUCUGUGGACUAUUUUAUUUUAACAUUUUUGUGUCUUAAUUAAGGUAGGCUAGACCAACCUCAGCAACUAGUGAAGGAAAUUUUUGGACAAGAUGGUCAGGUAAAGGAAAUAAGUUACCCUUUAACUUACAGUAUCCACAUCAAGUUAAUCAUUAGGUAGUCAAUGAACGAAAAUAAAAGCACCAAAGAAAAGUCAUGCCUGUUAAUUAUUAUUAUCAUUAUUAUUAUUCUAAAAAAAAACUUGAAAUACAAUGUUCUGUCAUUAAUCCUUUUUAAUUUAGUCUUUGCUUUGAAUGAUAGGGGGUAGCUGAGUAAUAAGAGAAGAAAAAAAUAGAGAUGCACUGUGUACCAAAUUGGAUCAAGAAAUAGAAAUAAGAACUCCAUUGUUGGAGCAGCAUUGGUAUACCUUUAUGUUUCCAAAAAUAAACCUCCAAUAUACCAUUAAAAGGGAUGGGGUAUUGAGGUUCAACAUGUUACCGCUAAAACAUCAGAUACAAUACAGUCAAACUUGCUUUAUGUCAUUUAUCACAACCUGCUAAACCCUUGUACAUUACAGACUUUCACUGCCAAAAAUUGUGUUGUCAUGUUCAGGGAUUGUGUCAUUAUUCCCACAAAGUAGUAAAGUUAUGGGAAGAAGUUAGCUAAUUAAUCUGGUCAUGAUAAUACCUCAUAGGGUUUUAAUCAGUAAACUGCAAACUGUACAGUGGAGUGACACCUACUGGCAGUUGGUCUAGCAAAGAAUAUGAACUUGGCAAUCCAGCCAUUGAACAACAUAGACCUCAAGCAAUGAGCUCCCAAGGACAGUACAAUAACAACACCCUUACCACUAGAAUAUGCUUUCUCCCAAUAACAAAUUAUGUUUUAACUGUUUUAGGCCAUUCAAGUAUUAGGCAUAGAUAUGGUGGAAUGUCUGUAUUGGAGGCGUGGUGCUCUGUGUUAUAUGUACUGCCAUACAGUCUUUAACAAUGCUCCAAGAGUGCAGCUCAAUGAAUGGGAUUUCAUUCAGGUAUGACUCUGCCUUGAGCUAAUGGCUUGCUUUGGUUAUAUUCUGGACCUGUCAUUUCCUGGGAGAAGUUAGGUUGAUUCACAUGGAGAGCUAUAUAAUUAUGCAGGUUUAUUUGAAUACCAUUGCUCCAUUUUGCGUAAAAUUGUUGAAUGUCUGUGAUUGGUAGUCAACUAACUUGAUCACUGAUCUUUUAGGAAACAGUGUGGAGCAAUCUAACAAGUUUUUUUUUUUCUUUGAAGGAGGUAAUCAGAUUAAUGUUGAAUAACACUAACCAAUUCACUGCGGUCAAGACAUCUUUUGUUUCACUUCUACCUUGCAGUGUGCUGAGUCAGGAGUUGUUUAUCUUGAGUCAAUGCUAAGUGUCCGUUCACCUCUUGAUGUGGACGAGUAUGAAAACACGAAGGACUCUGAAAUGGUGAAGUUUCUUCAAGAAGGUAGGUGGAGAUACAACAGGUAUGGUGACACAGGAUCUAACUUGCAUGCUGUUAAAAUGAUCUAAGAAGGGCCAAUUGUCCCAGAAAAAAAAUUACCAUUUUUUGUGAAAUUUAGCGAAGCGUCGCAGAUAGCUCUGACUCAUGCAGACCAUAAAGACCUUUGUUGCUUACUCAGAUGGAGAACAUUACUACCUUACAUGCUGUCGCCCCUUCUCGCCUCUCUGGUCCCUCUGUGAUUCAGUCACUGGCUCCAGUUGAGUGAAACCUGUACUGCUUUGUUUCAAUUCUGCUGCCAAGGCUGCUGGAGCAUGUCCAUAGGGCGUGGUCACUUAAAGUAGUUUAUUUUUGCAGGUGUAUUUAGCGAUACCCACCUUCUUGCACUGAUGUACGCAGGUGAGCUGUGUUACUGGCAUUGGCAGAUAACAAAGGAAGAAAAAGACGUAACUUUGAGGAAAUUUGAUUCAGUGGCAAGUGGGAGGAAGUUUCUGAAAAAAUUUGUGAACAUUGUCAAGGGAAAUUUACAAGGACAACAAGGUUGGGACUGCUCCAGAGCUGAACAACUUCUCACUGAAUUUCCUGUAUCCUGAUGUUUGUAACCCGGCUACUUGCAUGUGAGUUCGAUGCUGUUAUGCCGGAACAUUAUCUUCUUACCCUGUUAGAUUUUAAUAAAUGCUGAGGACAACAGCAGCGAUUAGAUCAAAUUCUUCACAACGCAAGGAAGGCUGAUAACACACCCAGCUGCACAAAAGAAAUCUUCUCGAUGAACUGAUAAGAAUACAUAUGUACUUAGCUACCGCCCUGUAUCGUUACUGAUAAAAUUGUUGUUAAAGUCCCCGGUAGAAUAGUUAAUUUAGGACAAAUGUUAUCAGUAGGCAGCUUAAGCUGCAACGACGCCAACGGCAGUGAAAACGUCCCUAAAAGAAUAAAUUUGAGUUCUUUCAAACUUUAUCGCGUCUAUUUAGAUCCUCUCAAUUUCUCAAUCUCAAUGUUUCCUGAGGCGAGAUUCUCGGGAAACAAAAUUAAAUGCUUCCCUCGGGACCAGUCAUCAAGGGUUUAUUGUUUUGUUUUGUUUUUUGGUUUUUUACGUUGUCGUUGCAGUCGUCAUCUUGGAUGCCUUAGCUCCCUAUUUACUGUAUUAAAGCUCGGAACAACAACAAUUUUUGCCGAGUUACAUUAGUAUGGUGUUGCCUGGAAUGAUAAUGCCAACAACAGGGAAAACUACAAUAAUAAUAGUAAUUUUCCGCCUAGCCAGUCCAUAAUAACUUUGUUAAAUAAUAAAUUGGUAAAUUCAUCUUCCGCUUUAACAAUCAUAUAAUGG